CCGGGAACACAUCUAUGAAUUGCAAAAGUAUCCCGUGCUCGUAUAAAUGCAUUACAAAUAAUUUCAUCAGCGUGAGAAAUAAAGUUUGUAAUGCAGAUUUACCUUAAGGAACAGAUUUGUAAUGCAUGACUGCAAUUACUACGAAACGAGUGCGAUACUUUUGCAGUUCACAACAUCCAAUUGGAGGCGAUUCUCCCGCCGGAUUUCCUCGAGAAGCAAGAAGCGCUCGGGGAGAAAGCGUUGCAUCUGACGAAGCGCUAUCAAAUGCAAAAGUGUCUGGGUCUGGAAAUUUGUGAUGCUGGGUGGCGUAUCAUGAGGCGGCCACAAGAGCUGGCCCAGCAUGACAAGUUUUUGAGCUUCUAGUGGUUGCCUAUUCUGCAUGACAAACUGCGUUUCUGAAUGACGGAAAAAUGGGGCUCUUGGGUAACGUGCAUGGCAGAUUUAAGAGUCAUGCCAGACAAGCAUGACAAACAUACAUUCUUCCAGACCCAGACAUACUUAUUUGCAUUUGAUAAGCGCGUCGCCCACCGCAUGUACCGGUUGGAGCUGGUCACGCGCAAUUUCGAGCCGGACGCGAAGGACGUCACGCUGCUUCGUGAGGCGUUUCAGACCGCGAUUGAGUUUGCGAACCAGAACCCGAAGCCGAAUGUCCGGGUGCUGAAGGCGAACGUGUGUCGCGACGUGUGCGAAAUGGUGAUCCUCUUACUCCUGGAGUGCUUCUACAAGCAGAGGCCGCUCGAAUAUUUACUGGAGUACGAAAAGGAAGCAAUGGCGAGAGGGCUGUACGAUGAUGAUAACGGAACAGCAGCAAAAACCGCGGCUGCUACGUCCAAGGCUGGUGUUCUUGACGGAAAGAACGAUAAAGAGCAAAAAAAGAUAAAGACCCGCCGCGGUUCCGUUACGGAAGAUUUUGUCUCGCUGGACUUCAACAAGGUCCUCGGCCACAUCCACAAGUCCGACCAGAUCACGGCGGCCCACCUCGACGAGGA